AGACUAAUAUGGCCGACCGGCGAGGAGUGGGCAAAUUUAAUAUAUAUUUUUACUCCAACUUUUUAACAUCACAAUAUAGAAAGUAAAGGUCAUAUAUUAUGGAUAUGUUCGCAAAGAAAACGGCAUCAACGAAAGAAUGCAUUACCCCUCAUAAAAUAAGUCUUCUAGUUUUAAUAUCUGAACUCUGUGACAGGGCUAGAGAAGAAAUUACUCCAUUUAGAAAACAUCGUCAUGCGCUAAUGUUGUUGGUAUUGAAUUUGAUUCAGGGAACAGAUAUAGAGUUUAAUAAGCUCCGAAGAAAAUUAGAUGAAAUAGAUAAUGAACAAGCACAGCUAUCAGGAUUGCUUCUUGAUAGAUUAAAUGGUAUCAGUGAUGGAGAAUCCAGUUUGUGUGAUUUCUUCUUUCAAAAUCUGGAAGAUCUUCUGAAUGUUGAGGAAGAGAUUGUGUUGACAAGGACAAGUUUUUUUGGUCUUUUUGUGAGAAAAAUGGUGCUUCUCUUCAAUAAAAUGACCUUUGGUCAGGUGCUACACUUGACAACAUUAUUAAAAGCCUACCUGCACGUACCUGUUAACACUGAAUACCCGGAUAUGCAGUUGGAUGGAGAAUCCUUGCAGAAUAAAAUACCCAUAUCAAGCCGACAAGGAGAGAGUUACUUGUCCAAGCAAGCUGCUUUGCUCCGAUCAUAUGAACAAGCUGCUGAAAGUCCCACCAAGCUACAAGAACAAAUUGUUACAAUACUACGUGGUGCCCCAGAUCUUGCUGAAGCACAUUUUGUUCAGUAUCUCAACUGCAUCCGUGUGGGUGAAUUCAACCAGGCUCUGGAUUGCCUAUAUCAUUAUUUUGAUCGUAAACAAUGGGAGGAGAGCGGCAAAUCUUCAGCGAGUGGGGACGGAGAGGACGUAAAGAAAGAUCGUUGUAAAAGAUUUUGUUACGCAGCUUUGAACCUGGCUAUCUUACACACGCAUUUUGGUCACAGAGAACAAGCCUUGACCGUGUUGCAAGAGUCUAUAAGGAUCGCACAAGAAUCAAACGAUCACGUCUGCCUAACGCAUGGCCUAAGGCUGUUAUAUAAACUGAAACAAGAAGGAGAUAGCCAAGCUAAACAUAUCUUGGAACGGUUCCGAAUUCGUGCAUCUGAACUAAAACUACGAUAUUUGGAGUCUCUAUCGUUACUUAUGAAAACAAAUCAAAUGAUUUUUGAGGGAGAACCACCGGCCAGGGUCUUAAGUAUUUUCAAUGAAUUGAAUUUCUUAAAUUCUGAGAAAUUCUUAUUGGAUCUCGCCGCAACUACUCAUGUACAGCAGAGUGCUUGCUUGCAAUUCUAUGGUCAGAGCAACAUGGCCAUCUUAUACAGUCAAUUCCCCCUCCAUCAGUGGAAGCCUUCACUGACCGCAGCACAUGCUGAUAAAGUCAAAUGUGCUGGUAUUGUUAACUCAGAGUCCAAACUUCACGCGUUAUGUUUCCUUGCUUCACAUAUGCAUAAACAGGGUAAUUUCCAUGAAUCAAUGAAAUUGCUGGAUUUUGCCAAUAGUAUCAGUCCGGAAAACUCGAAGGAUUGCAAGAUAUGGCAGGCUGAGAAACAGAGAAUACUUUUUGACCAAGCUUUGAUGAUGGAAGAUUGGGAAACAGCUUCAGAAACGGCUCAAAAUCUUAGAGUUUUUGACGCUUUUGAUUCUAAUUUACGGAAAGCAAGACUAUGUACAAAGUUAAAACAAUUCCGUGCUGCCCAUGAAAUUACAAGAAAGCUGCUUGAAUGUUUAGAACAAAACCUAGAAACUGUUAAGGAUGAAAAAUCCCCAGAAGAAAUGAAAGCAAAUGUAUUCCUAGCAGUGGCAGAGUUGUACAUAGCGGCCAAAGACUAUCCUUCCUCAAUUACACACCUUCUCAAGUGUAAAACAAUCUGUGAUUCACACCACAUGGAAAAUUUAUCAAUUACUGUUUCUCAUCACAUCGCUGAGGUUCAGCUUCAAACAGGUUUUCCAGAGAAAGCGUUAUCUUUGCUUUGUCAAAUAAUGAUCAACGCACUUAGCAAUGGCUCUCUGCAUACGAUAUGUUGUACAAAGUUCCUCUUGACGCGCUGCCAACUUGCACAAAGUGAAGGUUGUUGUAAGGACGAUAGAAAAGCAGUGUUGCUAUCAAUAUUACCCACACUCGAUUCCAUAUUAAAAGGCUUCAAGCAGUUGUAUGCUGCGGCAGAGAUACGAGAAGUUCUCCUUUUUCAGGCUUUUACCUACAAUGAGUUGGGUUAUACAGAGAAAAAGAACCGAUGCUCAAUGGAGUUUCGCGCAAUUCAUACGUCAGACAAUAAACCAAUCAUAAGAAGAGUUUCAACAUUGUUACAAACUGAAGUUUUAUAAUGAAGAUACAACGACCCAUCUCAAUUUUUUUUAUUUGUCUUGUGUAUAUAAGAUUAUAUAAGACUGUGAAUAAUAUCCCAGCCUCGAUCCCAGCCCUGAAGGUCUGUUCAACAUUUGCAAUUUUUCGAAUAGUUUUGAAUGUUCUGACGUAUAAGUGCCCUUAAUUUGAUUUGAUCAUGCGUUACUCCACCCCUGGUUACUCCUUCACAUAUAUCCAAGGAAAAAAAUCGCAGCAAAACCUGGUAUUCAUUGUCUGAGGCCAUAUUUACACGUUGUUUAUUUGGAGAAUGACAGAUUACUAUAAUGAAAACUAUAGAAAA